AUGAGCUUCACCAGCUGCUCCACGGGCUGCCAGGCGUCCUGCUGCACCCCCAGCUCCUGCCAGGCGUCCUGCUAUGUGCCCGUGAGCUGCCAGCCCGCCACUGUGCCCGUGAGCUGCAAGCCCGCUGUGUAUGUGGUCCCCUCCUGCCAGUCCUCUGUUUGCCUGCCCGUGAGCUACAAGCCCCUCAUGUUCAUGGCCCCCUCCUGCCAGUCCUCCGGGGGCUGCCAGCCCUCCCACCCCACCCUGCUCUGCAGACCCAUCUCUUGUAGCACCCCGUCCUGCUUCUGA